AGGCUCAGCCCACUAUCAGGAUCACCUGACUGAACUCAUGUCGGGCACACUGCUCUAGGGUUUGCUGACAGCAGAAGAAGGCCCGAUCUUUGUAUACACAAAACAUUCAAUCAUUCCUUUUCCAAACGCUGCGUUUCGGACCUUCCGUUGAUCAAGCAAAGUAAGUGAGACGGAUAGCAUGGUAAUCAAAAUGUGGUUUUCUUUUAUUUGUGUUCCUUGCUCACCCAAACUGAAGUGAAUUGAAGGUUAAUGAAUAUAAUGGAAGCAGCAUACUGAGGAAUAUGGAAGGUGCAAGGCCAGUUAAAAGUAAAUAGCUUGUGUUGAGGAGUUCAAAUCAUCCAUCCAUAUGGUGACAUUAGAUGAAAUACUGAAGUGCUAUUUUCUGCACUAAGCACUUCUGCAUUUUGUGAGUGCCCAGUGCCAUUAAUUCGCAUAUCUUCAAGACACCUCCAACAUUAGCCUGGCAUCAACAGAUAAUAAAUUAGCAUCUGGAGGAGAUCUCAAGGAUUAAAAGAAGAGAAAGAUGUGGUUGCGCUGUGCCAAACCCCUUCAGUACUUGGAAGUCUUGAGAAAAUCCUCCAGAUCACCAUGUCAUCUUCCAUUCCUUUGCCCUUAUUCUGAUACUCCUUACAAGAAGUCAAAGAGUGCCCCUUUACAGGAAAGAAAAAUGAUUGAUAGAUUUAGGUUAUAUGCAAAAGGAGGUGAGGGCGGCAGCGGUUGUUCCAGUUUCCACCGUAGCCGACAUGAUCGCCAUGGCAGACCUGAUGGUGGGGAUGGUGGAAGAGGGGGAGAUGUGAUUCUAGAAUGCUCUGCCACAGUUUGGGACUUCAGCAAUCUACAACAUCAUGUUAAUGCAAAGAGGGGAGGACAUGGAAGUUCGAAGAAUAAGAUAGGAACCCGAGGGGCAGAUAAGGUAGUUCGAGUGCCUGUUGGCACUGUAGUUCAUCUUGUAGAAGGUGAAAUUCCUUCUCAAGUUGAAAACCGAUCUUCAGCAGCAUUGGAUCCCUGGGAGAUUCCAGGCUCACUUGAUGUUGAUCUAUCUGAAUCUCACCAGAAACCUGCCUCUGUGAACCCCAGCACAGUGGAAGUAGCAGAAACAGUAUAUAUUGUUGAUGGCUCAUCAACUAUUGAACAAACUGUGGAAGAAUCAGUCGGAAAGAGGCAAGCUACUCAAGUUUCAUCAUCUGUGUCUCUUCCUCAAUCUUCUCCUUCCAAUAACAAAUCCAGAAUUCUCAAUGAAGAUUUUCUAUCCUAUAAGGGAGAAGGGGGGAGUGACCCUGAAAUUGUGGAGACUGAUGAUGGUAUGUCCGAACCAGAGUUGGAAGAACAAAGAGAGCAAAAGGAACAAAUACAAUACAAUGUUGCUGAAUUAACAGAAGAAGGCCAACGUAUAAUUGUUGCUUGUGGAGGGGAGGGUGGUGUAGGCAAUAUCUCUUCAUCCAAAAAUUCUAGGGACCACAAACUUACAAAACUUGGGGCUGAAGUAUCCGAUGAUGAUCAAUCCUCUCUUGGCAUUGGGUCUCCUGGUUCGGAGGCUAUUCUUGUAUUGGAACUCAAGAGUAUUGCUGAUGUGGGUCUUGUGGGAUUCCCAAAUGCUGGUAAAAGUACCCUUCUAGGGGCUAUGUCAAGAGCUAAGCCAACAGUAGGCCACUAUGCCUUCACAACUUUGAGGCCAAAUAUUGGGAAUCUAAAGUAUGAUGAUUUAUCAAUCACAGUGGCUGACAUUCCAGGUCUUAUAAAGGGUGCCCAUGAGAAUCGUGGACUUGGACACGCUUUCCUGCGGCACAUAGAACGCACUAAAGUUAUAGCUUAUGUGGUAGAUUUGGCUGCUGCAUUAGAUGGUAGGAAAGGAAUUCCACCAUGGGAACAGCUGAAAGAUUUGAUUUUAGAGCUAGAGUACUAUCGAGAGGGUUUAUCAAAUCGACCCUCCUUAGUAGUGGCAAACAAAAUCGAUGAGGCAGGGACUGAAGAAUUUUAUGAAGAAUUGAAAAGAAGGGUGCAAGGUGUUCCAAUCUUUCCUGUAUGUGCAGUGCUGGAGGAGGGAAUACCAGAGCUAAAAGCUGGCCUCAGAAUGCUUGUGAAUGGUGCAGAAUCAUAUGGGCUGAGUUUGGACAGAAUUUUGCUUGACUAGGUUGUUCCUGACACAAAUUCUUUGCUAGUAAUGAGGGUUCCCCACCCCACACAUUUCAUUGGAAAAUAUGUGCUGCAAACAACUAGGUAAUCAGCUGGGACAUUGAGUCCCAGAUGCAUUGCAGGUAGUCUUCAGAGCCAGAGAGAUUUUGAGCUUAGUAUAUUUUUGGUAGCUGUCACUAAUCUCUUAAACCGAUGAUGAAUCAAGGCUCCUGUUUGCUGGUUUUUUUCUCACCAGUUGACCGAUUAGGCCAAUAUUAUUGUUUUGCUGUCUGUCAACGGACUGUAGAUGGAAGAAAUGCUGAAAAUUGUUUUUGUUUUACAAGCCUAAUAACAGGAUAGCCUAAACUGCUGGUUGAACCCAGUUUUCUAAAGAUACAAUGUGUUCAUACUCUGUUGUCUGGCUUGUUUGUGAUGCUUCUUAUAUGCCAGUACAAUACAUAUAAUCACCCACCUCCUGCAAAGGAUUACAAUUUCA